CUAUUUGACAUCUUGUCAUUUUCGUAGGCAUUUCUACGAUUAUAUCUGGUUCGGGUUUAGGUUUCGUAUACCCUGGUAUCUGUAGCACAGUUUCUCAGUUUUAUUAGAAUUGUCAGUGUUAAUAGUGAAAAUGGCCGAAUUUAACAACAUCAACAUCUUGCAGAUUAAGUGCGAACAAUGUAAAUUUCCAUGUUCUGUUGCCCCAGUUAGCAAGGAAUCAGGAAAUUUUGUUUGCGGUCGCUGUUAUCCCGGAGGAGCUCCAAACGAGGCUUAUGAGGAAGCAGCGGAAGAAGCUUUGUUUCCAUGUGGAUUUGGGUGCCCAGAUAUAAUUCCUUGGGGACAGGUGCCAAGCCACGAAGCCGUCUGCAAAGGAAGAACUGUGAUAUGUCCCUUUGCAAACUGCACAUCAUCAGCGGCGCUUAAAGAUCUGGUAGAUCAUAUAAAUGAAGCACAUGCGCUUUUUCUCCAGCGGUCUCACAAAGUAAAUGAGAUUUACCUGGGACUUAUGGAUGAAAUUAUACGCUUGCACUGUAUCCAAUAUGGAAAAUUCACUUUUUUGUUCUUCAUAAAAUUUGAGGGACUCUUAAAUAAUCAAGAGUUAUACGAAGUUUCCUAUAGCAUACAUUUAGUAUGGCCACAGAACUUUGAACGCACUGAAUUGGAAGCUUUGCAAUGUAGCCUGGAGCUACAGAUUCCCAAUUCUUAUGUAAAACUCACAAGGUUGAUACAAGGAACAGACAUACAGCUAUACCACGACAAGCAACAUUGCGUUAAUUGUGCCUAUGGAAAAUGUAAGAAACCGUCUCAUGAAAAUAGAUUCAAGUGGCCCUUAGUUGGUGUGCCAAUAAACACAUGUGAUUCUUUGGAGAAACCCGUAUUUUAUACCAUCAAUGUACACAAAGAGAGACUAAAUGCCGUCAUUAUAACACCACGGGAUUUGGAGUGUCCUGUAUGUUUCGAAUAUAUGACAGAAAAUAUCUUAUUGUGUGAACAAGGACACUCGACUUGUACAAAAUGUAUAAGUCCGCCACCAUGCACAAUAGCGAGAGUAGCGAAAUGCCAAAUUUGUAGAGCAUCAUUUGGAGCAUCUAGAAAUUAUCAAUUGGAAUCAUUGAUCAAAUCGAUGAAAAUUCUUUGUCGUUGGCAUGUCAAUGGUUGUAUGUUUGCUGAGCUAGUGAAGGUUGUGAAAGAGCACGAAGCUGGAUGCCCAUAUGAUCCCGAAAGCAAAAAUUCUACAGAACUAUAAAUAUAGUUUUUCAUCGUUUGUUAUGAGUUACCUUAUGUUUUCCAUUGAAGAUAAUCCCAUAUUGGAAGGACCACGCACUUAUGAAUUACAUUUUCCUGAUCAUUUUUAUAUAAAUAAAUUUGUUGCAUGCAUCUGAACAUUGAUCAAGAGGUUGCCGGUCAGUAACCCGGUCCUUUUAAACAAAUUAUAAAAAAAUAUUCGCUUUUCGCUGCCAGCGAAGACUUUUCAAGCUUUCCGGUUCAAAAUUGUGCGUAAGGCACAAACUCAACCAAGGGAAGGGCAUUUUUAUGGUUAUGUGAAUACAUUCAUUGAAUAAUGAAUACAGCCCCUUUCUGGUAAAAUAUCCUCAGACUAGGUAAUAAUUCCCAUAUCAAAUCUAGAAAUACUCCAUAAAUUUUCUGAUUUAGCUACAAAAACAUGUCUUUUCAUUUGAAGAAGAAGGAUUUGGGUCCUACUCAAGACAUCAAGCAAAUUUGUUAGUACUCGUAUAUAUACCUUAAAUCAAUAACAAGGGUAUAUAGCAUAUAUAUAUAUAGAUAUAGAUUGAUGUCAGCAUUACUAAGCACUUUAUUGAAAAUAUGAGUGUCACUACUUACAUAAGAGAC